AUGGAUAACAAUCAAGAGCUUAAGAAAUGUUUCUGCGCCCGAUGUUUCUUGCCUAUAGAUUCAGAAGAUAAAGUUGAUGUGGAAGGUCAAAACUUUCAUAGGAUUUGCAGCAUGUGUUGUAUAUGCCGAACAAUACCAACAUCACUAAAAAUGUUUUACGGGCAUGUGUUUUGCAACGAAUGUUUUAAAACGCAUGUCAUGACAAGAUUCAAGGAAGAGAAUCCCCGCAUUCAAUCGAAUAGCUGGUGGAUGCAGUGGGCGCCAGGUACAAAUCCGAAUGAAAAAGCGGACAAGACUGAUGGUGAAAAAUCUUCGCAAAGUUCAUCGGAACCGACAAAAAAGUUUAUUUGCGCACGUUGUUUACAACCUGUUGACGAAAAUCAUACAGUCACGAUUGGUGAUCAAAGUUUCCAUAGCCAAUGUGGACAAUGCUAUAUUUGCCGUAAAACACCAUCAAAUAAUUUAAAAAUAUAUUGUGGCAAAGUUUUUUGUGAAGAGUGCUUUUAUCGACACGUUUUGACCCGUAACAGAGAUAACCCAUCUGAAUUCUUCAAGAAUUGCUUUGAGCAGUGGCAAAAUAAUCCUCAAUUCGCUGAUAAUAUGAGAGAUUUUAUGGCAAGAAACAAGGAAUCUUCUCCUUUUAUUUUUAUGAUGCAAGGUCAACAGCCGCCCUUCUGCAGAUGUGGAACUGGUCCUCAAGAAUGGUUCCAAGCAAAUGAACCUAAAAAAUGUGCA